AGCGAGCAUCGCCGAUCCGAGGCGGCCACUGCGCCCGUCUCACUCUCUCUCUCACCCGCACUCCCACCGUCCCACGACGCGAUCCCCUCUCCCGUUUCCACCCCACAACUCCUCCUCCCUUCCGCCCGAGAAAUCCCAACCAUUUCUCCGCAUCCGCCUCGGCACGCGGCCGCCGGCACACGCUGCGCAGGGAGUGGGAAAGGGCGCGAUGGAGGAUGACUCGCCGGCGACGAAGACGGUGAAGGGCGCCGUGACGGGCCUGGCCGCGGGCACCAUCUGGGGCACCAUCGUCGCCACCUGGUACGACGUGCCCCGGGUGGAGCGCCACGUCGCGCUCCCGGGCCUCGUCCGGACGCUCAAGAUGUGCGGCAGCUACGGGGUCACUUUCGCCGCCGUCGGAGGGCUCUACAUCGGCGUGGAGCAGAUUGUGCAGAGCCAGCGCAAGAAGCGCGACUUCGUCAACGGGGCCAUCGGCGCCUUCGUCUCCGGCGCCACCGUCUAUGGCUACAGAGGAAAGAGCAUUAAGUCUGCCCUCAUUGGUGGUUCUAGCCUGGCAUUCACAUCUGCCAUCCUGGACGUUGGUGGUAAUACUACCAGAGUGGACAAUGGCAAAGCGUACCAUGCAUACACAACGGAAAAGAAGCCCGAGCCUGCGCAUUGACCAAGGUUGUUUACUUGUAGCACAAAUCAUGCAAACCAGCUCGGUGAAUUUUUGAGCUGAUGCGUGCUGUUAUGUCUGUUUUGCUGAUGCACCUAGUUCCUUUGCAAAGCUGUAGUAACUUGUUUUGCUCGAGGGCAAUACAACAGACCUGGAAUAAAUAUCUUGUUUUAUUUUGCUUCAUCAUUGGUUAUGAUAAUAAUCACAUGUGACACAAUAUUGUUACCCCAACCCUUGAUUGAAGUUGCGGUUUUACGAAA